GCAUUCAAUUUGAAACGAUUUUGAUUUAAUCAAGUUGAACAUUUAAUUGUAAAAUGAAUGAUAAAAAAUUAUACAAUAAUCCAGCAGAAAUUGUUGACGAUGCUCUCGAGGGUUUAGCUAAAUCUAAUAAAGGGAUUAAAGUGGUGAAAUCCCACCGAGUUGUCGUUAGAUCAGAUGUUAAUCAAGUAAUUCAAAAGGGUUUAGUAACUUUGGUUAGUGGAGGAGGUUCAGGACACGAGCCAGCACACGCCAAUUACGUUGGUGAAGGCAUGUUAACAGCUGCUGUUUGCGGGUCAGUAUUCGCGUCACCCCCGCCUUCGAAUAUAGAAUGUGCACUGAGAUUUGCAAAAUCUCCUGCCGGCUGCUUAGUUAUAGUAAAGAAUUACACAGGAGAUAGAAUCAAUUUUGGUUUAGCAGUCGAAAAAUUAAAAAAUGAAGGUUUUAAAUUAAAAAUGAUUGUUGUUGGUGAAGAUUGCGCAAAUCACUCUGCAUCAAUGACAGCAACCGGUAGAAGAGGUUUAGCUGGUGUUGUCUUUGUUCAUAAAAUUGCAGGUGCUAUGGCAUCAAGAGGUUGUACUUUGGAGGAGAUUGUUGAUCAUUUAAAAAUCGUCUGCUCAUCUCUCGGUACUGUUGGUGUAAGCUUCUCUGCUAUAAGUUUGCCAGGAAGUGAUAAACUACUCUUCAACCUGGAUAACGACGUUUAUUCGCUAGGUUUAGGCAUACACGGAGAGAUGGGUGCUUUUAAGGAGAAAAUGUCAUCGGCAAGAAAUAUAGUAGCCACUAUGUUUGAUCACAUGACUGGAGAAAAGAAUCCAGUAAGAAUUGACAUAAAUAAUUCUCGAUUAGCAGUCUUAAUCAAUAAUCUAGGAGGAUUAUCAAAUCUUGAAUUAACUUUAUUCGCAAACGAAGUACUGGAAUACUUUCGCAAUUAUCCUGAAAUUCAAAUUGAAAGAAUAUAUAUUGGAACUUUUAUGACUUCUCUAAAUAUGAAUGGAGCAUCUAUAACAGUUUUAAAAAUAACUACAAAUUCACAAUUAACAGAUUUAGAUUCAAAAACAACGGCUAACGGCUGGAAAAAUCAGGAUUCUUUUGGUAUAAACAACGAUUUUGAAUUAAAUUACAAAGAAGAAGAGAAAGAAUAUACAAAAGAAGAUAGUACAAUUUCAAAGAAAAUGGAAAAUGCAUUAAAGGAAGCCUUACAACAUGUAAUUGACGAGUUAAUAGAGAAUGAAGAAUACUUGAAUCUAUUAGACUCAAUUGUUGGUGAUGGAGAUUGCGGAUCUACCUUUAAGAGAGUACUUUUAAUAUUAAAAGAAAAAUUAAACAUGAAUAAGCUACGAACAGAUUCACCAUUCGCUCUUCUUAUGCAACUAUCUGAAUUAGCUCAGAAAGAUAUGGGUGGUACUUCGGGUGGGUUGUAUAGUGUUUUUUUCGCAGCAGCUGCUUCUAAAAUUAAUAAAGAAUGCUCCAUUACAACUAUUGGAGAAUCUUUACGAGCUGGAGUAGAAGCCAUUCAAUAUUAUGGAGGAGCUAAACAAGGGGACAGAACUAUGUUGGACGCUCUUUUACCUUGUUUAGAAUGCUUUAAGAGUGAAGUUUCGUCUAAAGAAAUUUCUAAAUUAAUCAAGGAGAAAGUAGAAGAAGGUGUAAAUGAGACAACUCAUUUAAAAGCAAGAGCGGGUAGAGCAGCAUACACUGAUACUGUUCAUCACAACAAACCAGAUGCUGGCGCCUAUGCUGUUGGCUUAUGGAUGAAAUCUUUAUGCAACAAAUUACUUAUUGAAUAA